AUGUCGCGUGGUAUCUUCGACAUGAUUGGUACCAUUCCAACAGCGGGCGCGCGCUCCGAGUAUAUUGAUGAUACUCGGUGGCCGACUGCUGAGCACCUGCGAGCCGAGUGUUUCAGUUUCGUGACCGACCGGUUCGAACUCAAGCUGGCUCAGGCUGCGAAGGCCGAGCAAGCUGGGGACUGGAAGGCAUGGGCUGAACUCAAGGUCAGCGGCCUCGACUGGGGAGAUGUCCUCAAUGACAUGUCUCCGCGACCGGAGUCGUACACCCGAGCGGCUCAGAGAGCCCGCGAUCACUUCCAACGGGCUGUGGAAGUGCGGCCGAUAGACUACGAACUAUCGUGGUCCGAGCCUCGGUUGCUACGACCACUCCGUGAAUGGGUCUAUGCUCAGCUCUGGGAUCAAUCAGUGCCCUUCGUAGCUACUUACCAACCAGCAGUCGAUGUUACUGCUGAUGGUGAUGAGUCUUACGAUUCCACCCCUGACAUACCAUCUGACCACGAUGAUGUUGAGUCCGAGCACUCUCAGGCUUCGGAACAUGAUGGUGGUCCAGGUGAUGACGAGGUCGACUCAGUAGUAGUCUCUGAUGACUAUUAUGAGUCAGACUCGUAUGACCAUAGCUCACCUAUGGCCUCGUCUGCAUCUGGUGCUUCUGCAUAUUCUGCCGAAGACUAUGAUGACUAUGAUGACGAGGAUGGUGACUAUGAUGAUGAUGAUGGUGGUGACUACUACUCAGAGUAG